UAAAUUACAGUGACUCCCGAACAGCAGAAGAGAUCUGUGAGAGUUCUUCCAAAAUGAUAACUUUCAUUGACCUGGCUGGCCACCACAAGUAUCUGAAAACAACCAUCUUUGGCCUCACCAGCUACUGCCCAGACUUUGCUAUGCUGGUGGUCAGCGCCAACACUGGCAUUGCAGGCACAACGCGAGAGCACUUGGGCUUGGCCAUGGCCCUCAAGGUCCCCUUCUUCAUUGUAAUCAGCAAAGUUGACUUGUGCUCAAAAGCCACUGUGGAACGGACAGUGAAGCAGCUGGAGCGAAUCCUGAAGCAGCCAGGUUGCAACAAGCUCCCCCUGCUUGUGAACUCAGAUGAUGAUGCUGUUACAGCAGCACAGCAGUUUGCACAGUCUCCCAACAUCACCCCAAUCUUCACACUGUCCAGUGUUUCUGGGGAGAACCUAGAUCUCUUAAAAGUUUUCCUCAACAUCCUCCCUCCACUGACCAACAGUAAAGAGCAGGAAGAACUAAUGCAGCAACUCACAGAGUUUCAGGUUGAUGAAAUCUAUACUGUGCCAGAAGUGGGGACUGUUGUGGGCGGAACUCUGUCAAGUGGGAUCUGCCGAGAAGGGGAGAACCUGGUGGUGGGUCCCACUGACGAUGGGAAGUUCCUUCGGCUGAAAGUGUGCAGUAUACAACGCAACCGCUCAGCUUGUCGUGUGCUACGGGCUGGGCAAGCAGCCACACUGGCCCUUGGACCUUUCGACCGCUCCCUGCUGCGCAAGGGCAUGGUCAUGGUGAGCCCAGAAAUGAAUCCCACUAUCUGCUCAGUGUUUGAAGCCGAGAUUGUGCUGUUGUUCCAUGCCACAACUUUCCGGAAGGGGUUUCAAGUGACAGUGCAUGUGGGGAAUGUGCGACAGACUGCUAUCGUAGAGAAGAUCCAUGGAAAGGACAAGCUGCGGACGGGAGAGAAGGCAGUUGUCCGUUUCAGGUUCAUCAAGCAUCCUGAAUACUUGAAGAUUGGAGCCAAGCUGCUUUUCCGUGAAGGAGUCACCAAAGGCAUCGGGCAUGUCACUGACCUCCAAGCCAUCACCACCAAGGAAAACGGCCUGGAGGAGUCCUUGGGACCUGGACAGCUAAGCUUCUGACUACCACUAGGUCAGAGAGAUCUCCAUUCACCAGCACCUGGGGAGAUGGAUGGAAAUUCGUGUGGCUCUUUAAGUGAUGCCUGGAGCUGCUGCUGUCCUGUUCUGGCACGAGUAUCCCUCCUCCACACUGUGAGAUGGAGCCUGGGAGAGUUUCUCGCAUUCAGUGCCAUACAUGAGGCAGAGUUAAGCAUGUUCUCCCACAUCGCCUGCAGCUUUUGUUACUCUGCCCUCCUUCAGAAUAGAUCAGAGGCACCUGUGGACUGGGCAAGCAAGUUCCUGGCUUUGUUUACUGUUUGCAAAUUACUGUUGGAGGAGCGCAGAACCUUUGAAACCUAGCGUGAAGGGAUAUUUUUCCAUCUCUGACACAAUAUCUGGUCCCAUUUCUGCUUUUGGAGUACUGGGUUGAUAACAGUCCUCUCUUGAGUUGUCCUGCAGCACAUCCCUCUGGGCAGGGGAUGGAAGAGGCCCUGCAACCCACAGCAGGGGCUUGGUUGAGCUCUCAAAAAUGCGUUCAGGACA